AUGGCCUCCUCUCAGCAACCAGACAUUCACUUCAUUGGUGUCCACACUCGCUAUUCCAGUUGGACGAGCCGAGUCGAAGCGGUCUUGGAGUACUUCGAAAUCCCCCACACCUCAAAGAUCCUCAAGCUCUCCGAAGUCAAAAGCGUGUCGCCCACCGGUUAUGUCCCGUUCAUAGAAUGCCGCUCCCUUCAGAAUACCAGGAUUUGCGACUCCCUCGCAAUCUGCGAGUUCCUGGCCGAGUCGCAUCCUGAGCUGGCCCUGUGGCCUCGGGAUCGCCAGUUGAGAGCAUUGGCCCGCAGCGCGGCUGCGCAGAUGCAUUCGGGCUUCAGUGCUAUUCGCAACUCUUUCCCGACCAACUUCCUAGCUCACUACAGCGGCAAUAUCCCCAUCUCUGACGCAGCCCAUAAGGAGAUCUUCCAGGUGCUCAGCCUCUGGGAUACUGCCCGGAAAGCCUCCAAAGAGCGCCUCGAAGCGCUCGGCCAGCCCGAUGAGGGCUUCUUAUUUGGCAGUUUUAGUAUUGCGGAUGCCUUUUUCUGGCCAGUUCUGACGCGUUUCCGCUCCUAUGAGCUACCCCUCGAUAGUGCAAGCGAAGAGGCUCUCAAAUGGAUGGCAAAGAUGUGGAAUGACCCUGUCUUCAAGGGACUUGCUCAUCGCUACCAUGAGCAAGCCAAAGAUCCGGAAUCCCGCAUCGCGCACUAUGAUGACAUCUUCCGGGAGCGUGACGAUAUCAAAUAUAGUGUCUUUUCGGAGGAUUGGACUUUCUCCCUCUCUGGAAGACAGACACUAUUGAGGGCGCUUAAGAGGGCCGUUCAUUGA